UGCGGCGGGUUCGGUGUUGACUUCCCAAGCCGAUGCAAACCAUCUCGUCUGCUAGCCAAUUUUCUCAUUGAACUGCCAUUUCUGAACCAUACAUUUCAUUUUGAGUUACAAUUUGGAGGAAUAUGGCUGAGGCUGUACUGGAAGUUGCACUUGGAAAUUUGAGCUCUCUGAUUGGAAAAGAGCUUGAACUCUAUCUGGGUUUUGAUCAUGACUUGGAAAGGCUUGCUAGCUUACUCACUACCAUUAAGGCUACGCUUGAAGAUGCCGAGGAGAAACAAUUCUCAGACAGAGCCAUAAAGGAUUGGCUGCAAAAGCUGAAAGAUGCAGCUCACAUCCUUGAUGAAAUCUUGGAUGAGUAUGCCACUGAAGCAUUGAAGUUGGAAUACCAUGAAAUCAAGUGUGGUCUAUCAAACAAGGUACAAAGUUCUUGCUUAUCCGCUUUUCAUCCCAACCAUGUUGUUUUCCGUUACAAAAUUGCUAAGAAAAUGAAAAGGAUAAGUGAGAGAUUAGAAAGAAUUGCUGAAGAAAGGAUUAAGUUUCAUUUGACUGAGAUGGUUUCAGAGAGAAGUGGAAUCAUUGAGUGGCGCCAAACCAGCUCAUUCAUCACUGAACCACAGGUCUAUGGAAGAGAAGAAGAUACGGAUAAAAUUGUAGACUUUUUGAUUGGUGAUGCUUCUCAUUUAGAGGAUUUAUCAGUCUAUCCAAUUGUAGGUCUGAGCGGACUUGGAAAGACAACACUUGCCCAACUCAUCUUCAAUUGUGAGAGGGUAGUCAACCACUUUGAGCUAAGAAUUUGGGUAUGUGUUUCGGAAGACUUCAGUUUGAAGAGAAUGACAAAAGCUAUUAUUGAAGCAACAACUGGGCAUGCCUCUGAAGAUUUGGAUCUAGAGCCGCUGCAAAGAAGACUUCAAGAUCUGCUUCAAAGAAAAAGAUAUUUGCUUGUUUUGGAUGAUGUGUGGGAUGAAGUGCAAGAGAAUUGGCAGAGGUUGAAAUCUGUAUUGGCUUGUGGGGCAAAGGGUGCUUCUAUUCUUGUCACCACUCGUCUUCCAAAGGUUGCAGCAAUCAUGGGAACAAUGCCUCCUCAUGAGUUAUCAAUGCUCUCUGAUAAUGAUUGCUGGGAAUUGUUUAAACAUCGAGCUUUUGGACCAAAUGAGGUAGAACAAGUGGAGCUUGUGAUCAUAGGGAAAGAGAUAGUAAAGAAGUGUAGGGGAGUGCCUCUAGCAGCAAAAGCACUAGGAGGUCUUUUACGCUUCAAAAGAGAUGAAAAAGAGUGGAUCUAUGUUAAGGAAAGCAAUCUAUGGAGUUUACCAAACAAUGAGAACUCUGUAAUGCCUGCGUUGAGAUUAAGUUACUUGAAUUUGCCAAUAAAACUUAGACAAUGUUUUGCUUAUUGUGCAAUAUUUCCCAAAGAUGAAAUAAUAAAGAAGCAAUAUUUGAUUGAACUAUGGAUGGCUAAUGGAUUCAUUUCAUCUAAUGAAAUAUUAGAUGCUGAAGAUGUUGGUGAUGGUGUGUGGAAUGAAUUAUAUUGGAGAUCAUUUUUUCAAGAUAUUGAGAAAGAUGAAUUUGACAAAGUUACAAGUUUCAAGAUGCAUGAUCUUGUUCAUGAUCUUGCUCAAUUUGUUGCGGAAGAGGUUUGUUGCAUUACAAAUGACAAUGGUGUAACAACUUUGUCCAAAAGAAGUCACCAUCUCUCAUAUUAUAGGUGGUUAUCAUCUGAGCGAGCCGAUUCAAUCCAGAUGCAUCAAGUCAAAUCUCUGAGGACCUAUAUAUUGCAACCUUUGCUUGAUAUUCGUCGAACUUGGCCUCUGGCCUAUACUGAUGAACUUUCUCCUCAUGUAUUGAAAUGUUAUUCUUUGCGUGUGCUUCAUUGUGAACGAAGAGGAAAAUUGUCGUCAUCAAUUGGUCAUUUAAAACAUCUAAGAUACUUAAAUCUUUCUAGGGGUGGCUUCAAAACUCUUCCAGAAUCGUUAUGUAAAUUGUGGAAUUUACAGAUAUUGAAGUUAGACUAUUGUGUAUAUCUCCAAAAUUUGCCCAACAAUUUGACAAGCUUAACAGCUCUACAACAGCUAUCUUUGAAUGACUGCUUCUCAAUAUCAAGCUUGCCUCCUCAGAUAGGGAAGUUGACUUCCCUAAGGAAUCUAAGCAUGUGCAUUGUUGGCAAGGAAAGAGGAUUCCUUUUAGAAGAGCUGGGACCACUAAAACUUAAAGGAGAUCUUCACAUCAAGCAUCUAGAAAGAGUAAAAAGUGUAAGCGAUGCCAAAGAAGCCAAUAUGUCAAGUAAGAAACUAAACGAGUUGUGGUUGUCAUGGGAUAGAAAUGAAGUGUGUGAAUUACAAGAAAAUGUUGAGGAGAUUCUUGAAGUCCUUCAACCUGAUAUCCAACAACUUCAAAGUUUGGGUGUGGUACGAUAUAAAGGUUCACAUUUCCCACAAUGGAUGUCUAGUCCUUCUCUCAAGCAAUUGGCGAUUGGCAGAUGCAGAGAAGUGAAAUGUUUGCAGGAGGUUUUACAACAUAUGACUUCCCUGCACUCGUUACAAUUAUACAAUCUUCCAAAACUAGAAUCCUUGCCUGAUUGCUUUGGAAACCUUACCUUGCUUCGUCAUUUAAGUAUUAAAAAUUGUCCCAAGUUGAUGUGUCUUCCAACGAGCCUAAGCCUUAGCAGUCUGAAAAGUUUGACUAUCUAUGGUUGCCCUGAGUUAGAGAAGCGAUGUGAGAAGGAAAUAGGAGAGGACUGGCCAAAAAUAGCUCACAUUCUCCAAAUUGACUUUUAUAAUUGGCAGUGAAUAUAAUGAUUGGUGUGCCUGUGCAGGCCAUGUUUGAAGAUUUCAGUGCUUCUUCCUUUCAGAUAUGUUUCCAAUGAAGUAUAGUUUAAGCUUUGACCAUCAAGUAGCUGUACAAUCUUCAGUUUUUGUAUUGUUUGCUCCUUUGUCUACUUCACCUCUUAUGGUGAGUUGAAUGGUCUGGUCAAGGUUAUUACCUGGUUAGAUGCUGAGUUGAAAAUGUAGUCAACUAAAUUGCAGAAUAUCAUCCUUCCUGAUAAAGAUACAAGCCUAUGUGAUAUGGACAUUUUUAAUGGAUAUCUGGUUCUUUUCUUCAAUAAGAAAGGUCUUCCUCUGCUAUGCUCAUUGAACGUAACUUUCCUAUGCAAAUUUAUUUCAAGGUAUAUUAAUUGCGAUUUUAUUAACAUUUGUUGUUUACCACUGAAUUGAAAGGUUUACAUCACCAUAUUUCUUCUAGUCUGCCUCUGCAGCAUCUAAGCCAUUUGAUCCUGAUGAAUAUGCCCGGUGAAAUACAUAAAAGACAAAGGAUACUCCAGUAUGAUAACACAAAAGAGGGCUUGGAGUUUGGGAAGGUGCUAAGUGGGUCGCAGAAGUACAAGAUGGUACCUGCCCUCAUACUCGUUGUUCUCGUACUGUCGUCAUGAAAACAAUAAAUUUAUUAAGUCAGAAGUUGGAAGGUAAUUAUAUAUCUGUGGAAGACUUUCAUGUGGUUCAAGGAAAAAAAUUAUGUCCUCCUAGUUCACAGUCAAUACCUGUUUGAGCAUCUAUUAUAUAUGUAGGUAUAUGACUGAGCUCUCCAGUGUCGUUCUUUCAAUGUAAAUAUUUGCACAAUGUUUUAAAUUGCUUCACUGUUUAUUGAUUCUUGUUAUAUUUUCCAUGGCUUCUCCUUGAUAUACAGAAAAAAGGCAAUUCAAUGCGUGCCGAGUUAGCAAGCUUAUCCUCUGUUGAAUUAGGAAAUUGAACAACUGGGAAAUGAAAAUAUGAUUUGAAAUUUUAAAUUUCUUCUGCAGAAGCUUCCUAUUAGUUAUGCAUUCUGCAGAAUCUUCCUCCCCGUGCACGCAGGAGGUCUUGUGGAAUGGAAGUUGACUUUGUAGUUCGCUAUAAUUGUGUAUGGAAGCUGGUUUAUUUUGAUGCCAGAAAUUGAAACUUUAAGAGUGAAGUCUGAAAGUGAAGGUACUGCCAGCAAGUGUGACCCAGUAAUUAGCACUUUUCGACCUUCUAUUAUGUAUUUGGUAACAAGUAUUCUUGUGUCUCAAGUGAAAUGACAUCGUAUGUACCUAUAGACUAAUUUUAAGAGUUUCAUUGUUAAUAAUAGAGUUUCAUGAAGC